AAUUAAAAAUAGAAUUGGUGUAGUAACUGGUUAGGACUCUGAGCGUCGCUGUUCACCAAAGUGGGAAAGAAACUGUCGUGGACGCAACCGUAUUCGGAUUUCAUACUGAGCACAGACUAGACAAGCUCCUGGGGAAAGCCACCUAUUCCCUCUGCGCCAGAGAAGAUGCUCCCCUUGGCUUUAGAGAAAUAAGGAAACAGCAGGCUGAACCAGGACUAAGAAAAUUGAAGAGAAGGCAAUGGCGGAUCUACUGAGGUGCUGGGGCUGCGGUGACCUGCUCCUGUUCUUCCUGCUCCUGGGGACGCUGUGGGAGACCGGCAAAGGGCAGAUUCGCUAUUCGGUGCGGGAGGAGCUGGACAAAGGCUCCUUCGUGGGGAACAUCUCCAAGGACUUGGGGUUGGAGCCCCGGGAGCUGGCGGAGCGCGGAGUCCGCAUCGUCUCCAGAGGUAGGACGCAGCUUUUCUCUCUCAACCCGCGAGGCGGCAGCUUGGUCACCGCGGGCAGGAUCGACCGGGAGGAGCUCUGCGCUCAGAGUCCGCGGUGUCUGGUGAACUUUAAUGUCUUGGUUGAGAAUAAGAUGAAAAUUUAUGGAGUAGAAGUGGAAAUAAUUGAUAUCAAUGAUAACUUCCCGCGAUUCCGGGAUGAGGAGUUAAAAGUAAAAGUCAAUGAAAAUGCGGCUGCGGGGACGCGGUUAGUGCUUCCCUUCGCGCGGGAUGCGGAUGUGGGCAUGAACUCCCUCCAGAGUUACCAGCUCAGUUCCAAUCUCCACUUCUCUCUGGACAUAAAGAGCGGACCUGAUGGACAAAAAUACCCAGAACUGGUGCUGGAACAGCCCCUGGACCGUGAGAAAGAGGCUACUCACGAUCUCCUCCUCAUAGCGUUAGAUGGCGGAGACCCAGUCCACUCUAGCACCGCGCAUAUCCGUGUGACAGUCCUCGACGCAAAUGACAAUGCGCCCCUGUUCAGUCGAAGCGAAUAUAGGGUGAGUGUUCCAGAGAACAUACCUGUGGGCUCUCCGCUACUCACGCUAACCGCCACGGAUGCUGACGAGGGAAUAAAUGGGAAACUGACCUAUUCUUUUCGCAAUGAAGAAGACAAAAUUUCAGAGACUUUCCAACUUGAUUCCAGCCUGGGGGAAAUCUCAACUAAGCAAUUACUGGACUAUGAAGAAAUCAGGUUCUACCUCAUGGAAGUGGUAGCUCAGGAUGGAGGCGCUCUUCUCGCCAGCGCCAAGGUGCUGAUCACAGUACAGGAUGUGAAUGACAAUGCUCCAGAAGUAAUCCUCACUUCCCUCACCAGUUCUGUUUCUGAAGACUGUCUUCCUGGAACCAUUAUUGCACUCUUUAGCGUACAUGAUGGUGAUUCUGGAGAGAAUGGUGAGAUUUCAUGUUUUAUUCCUAGGGACUUACCUUUCAAGUUGGAAAAGUCAGUUGAUAAUUAUUAUCACCUAGUAACAACCAGAGCCCUGGACAGAGAAGAGACUUCGGAUUAUGACAUCACAGUAACUGUCACUGAUAGUGGAACACCACCUUUAUCUACAGAAAACCACAUCUCCCUGAAAGUAGCAGACAUCAAUGACAACCCACCUGUCUUCUCUCAUGCCUCCUACUCUACCUCAAUCCUAGAAAACAAUCCCAGAGGUGUCUCCAUUUUCUGUGUGACUGCUCAUGACACAGACAGCGGUGACAAUGCUCUGGUCACUUACUCUCUGGCUGAAUAUACAUUUCAGGAAGCUCUUCUGUCCUCCUAUGUCUCCAUUAACUCUGACACUGGUGUCCUGUAUGCACUGCAAUCAUUUGACUAUGAGCAGGUAAGAGAUCUGCAGCUACUGGUGACAGCCAGGGACAGUGGGAACCCUCCACUUAGCACCAAUGUGUCACUGAGCUUGUUUGUGCAGGAUCAGAAUGACAACAUCCCUGAGAUCCUAUACCCAGCCCUUCCUACUGAUGGUUCCACAGGUGUAGAACUGGCACCCCGCUCUGCAGAGCCUGGAUACCUGGUGACCAAGGUAGUGGCAGUGGACAGAGACUCAGGACAGAAUGCCUGGCUGUCCUACUGCCUACUGAAGGCCAGCGAGCCAGGGCUGUUCUCUGUGGGGCUGCACACAGGUGAGGUGCGCACAGCAAGAGCCCUACUGGACAGAGAUACACUCAAGCAGAGCCUCGUGGUGGCUGUGCAGGACCACGGCCAACCCCCUCUGUCAGCUACCAUCACACUCACAGUAGUUGUGGCAGACAGCAUCCCUGAUAUCCUGGCUGACUUGAGCAGCAUCAACACCCCCACUGGCCCCCAGGACUCAGACCUCACACUCUACCUAGUGGUAGCAGUGGCCGCUGUCUCCUGUGUCUUUUUGGCCUUUGUUAUUGUGCUUCUAGCCCUCAGACUGAGGCGCUGGCACAUGUCACGCUUGCUGCAGCCUUCAAGCAGAUUGGCCAGUAUGCCAGCCUCCCACUUUAUGGGCAUGGAUGGAGUGCAGGCUUUCCUGCAGACCUAUUCCCAUGAGGUCCCCCUCACCACAGAUUCCAGGAAGAGCCACCUGAUCUUCCCCCAGCCCAACUAUGCUGACAGACUCAUCAGUGAAGGGAGUAGUGAAAAAAGUGAGCCUCUUCUGAUAUGUGAUAAGAUAAAUGCAAACAAGGAAGAACCAGGAGUUGUUCAGGUUAGUUUUCUCUUUUAAUAAGAAUAAUUCUAGCAUUGUCUUCCGUCAUUUUUCUGCUACAAUCAAAAUCAGAUAAUUACAUAGUGA